CAAAAGCCACCAGUCAAAACAGAGGCUGGAGCCAACACUGCAGAGCGAACACUUUGUUGAUAUCCUAUAAUCUUCACUUGAGAAACUUUUGUUUUGUUUUGUUUUUUUAUCUCUUUUUGUUUGUUUGACAGAGCGCUUUGUCACCAACAGACCUAACCCGUGUUUCCACACUACAUUUUACCCAAGUCUUGGUCUCACCAUGAGAGCCUGUGCUUCACUUUUCCUUGUUUUGGGGAUGUGCUCAUUGGAUGGAUGGAGCCUUCCUCUCAAGUCUGUCUUUGUUACCUUCCCGGGAGAUGUCAUUAAAAACACGACUGAUAUCGAGCUGGCAGAUGGUUAUUUAAAGAAGUUUGGCUACAUGAACACAUUCCGCCGCAGUGGCUUUCAGUCCAUGGUGUCCACUGAAAAAGCUUUGAAGAGGCUGCAAAGGCAGAUGGGACUGGAGGAGACAGGACUAUUAGACAAGCCCACGGUGCAAGUCAUGAAGCAGCCUCGCUGUGGUGUACCUGAUGUACGCAACUACAAGACUUUUGAGGGAAACUUGAAAUGGGACCAUAAUGACAUCACUUACAGGAUCGUUAACUACUCCCCCGACUUGGAGCAGUCUCUGAUUGACGAUGCCUUUGCCAGAGCCUUCAAAGUGUGGAGCGAUGUGUCCCCUCUAACUUUCACUCGGCUCUAUGAUGGGACUGCUGACAUAAUGAUAUUAUUUGGAAAAGCCGAUCACGGAGACCCAUAUCCAUUUGAUGGCAGAGAUGGUCUUCUGGCCCAUGCCUAUCCCCCUGGUGAGGGACUACAGGGAGAUGCCCACUUUGAUGAUGAUGAAUACUGGACCCUGGGCAAAGGACCAGUUGUGAAGACACGCUUUGGGAAUGCAGAGGGUGCCUUGUGCCAAUUUCCCUUCCUAUUUGAGGGCAAGUACUACAGCAGCUGUACGACUGACGGUCGUUCCGACAAUUUACCUUGGUGUGCCACCACAGCAGACUUUGGAAGAGACAAGAAAUAUGGCUUCUGUCCUAGUGAACUUCUGUAUACAUUUGGAGGAAACAGUGAUGGAGCUAAAUGUGUCUUCCCCUUCACAUUUCUGGGGGAGACAUAUGACAGCUGUACCACUGAGGGCCGCAGUGAUGACUACCGCUGGUGCUCUACCACAGACAACUUUGACAAUGACAAGAAAUAUGGAUUUUGUCCCAGUCGAGACAAUGCUGUGAUUGGUGGAAAUUCUGAGGGAGAACCAUGCCACUUCCCCUUUGUGUUCCUGGGUAGGAGUUAUGACUCCUGUACCAGUGAAGGGCGGGGAGAUGGCAAGUUGUGGUGCGCGACCACUGAGAACUAUGAUGAUGACAAGAAAUGGGGUUUCUGUCCAGACAGAGGUUACAGCUUGUUCCUGGUGGCAGCCCAUGAAUUUGGACAUGCUCUGGGGCUUGACCACACCAAUAUCAGAGAAGCUCUCAUGUACCCUAUGUACAGCUACGUAGAAAACUUCUCCCUGCAUGAAGACGACAUUGAAGGCAUUCAGUAUCUCUAUGGAUCCAAAACUGGCCCUGAUCCAACACCUCCACAGCCCACCACCAAAACCACUACUCCAAACCCAGAGCCUACUGAUGAACCUCAAACUCCAGCUACCACAGAACCGACCACCACAACCACCACACACCCUGUUGAUCCAACAAAAGAUAUCUGCCAGAUGACCAAAUUUGAUACCAUCACUGAGAUUGGCCAAGAACUGCAUUUCUUCAAGGAUGGACUUUACUGGAAGAUGUCCGGCAGGAACAAUGAGGACCUCAAGGGUCCGUUUUCUAUGUCUGAGAGGUGGCCAGCACUGCCAGCCGUCAUUGACACCGCCUUCGAGGACAUUGUGACAAGGAAAAUCUACUUUUUCUCAGGGACUCGAUUCUGGGUGUACACAGGAAAGAACGUUCUAGGACCCCGCAGCAUUGAGAAGCUAGGCUUACCGAGCAACAUCCAAAAGGUGGAGGGCUCACUGCAGAGAGGGAAAAGCAAAGUCUUGCUUUUCAGUGGGGAGAACUUCUGGAGGCUUGAUGUGAAGGCACAGAAAAUUGACAGAGGGUACCCCCGGUACACAGAUUUGGUCUUCGGUGGCGUCCCUAGCGAUGCUCAUGAUGUAUUCCAGUUCAAAGGUCACAUCUACUUUUGCCGCGAUCGCUUCUACUGGCGUAUGAAUUCCCGCAGACAGGUGGACCGCGUGGGCUAUGUGAAGUAUGAUAUCCUGAAGUGUUCGGAUUCCUCAGGCUAUCAUUACUGAGGGACACAUCAAUACACCAUCAUGAGCUGAACAACUUCUAUAAUAUUAGGAAAACCAAUACAGCAUGCAUUGAUUGAUUUGUGUGUGCUUUCUGAGAUGGCAAAUUAUUGGCCGCUAUUCAGCCAGCCCUGUUGUGGCAUAUAAAACCAGGCCUUUAAAAACUCAGUGUUUCAGAUCAGUUAAGAAAAGUGUAGCAUCUGGAAUUGCCUCGCUCUUAAUCUGAUUAUCUGUGAACAGAUGUUAUUGCGGCCUAAAAUUUUAGGCCUAUAACCUUAGCUCAAAUAUUUCCAAGUGUUAUCUGCAUCAGAUCAGAUUUCAUGUUUGCUCAUAAAUGAUUUAUCUAUGUCUGACAGGCUCAGACUUUAACAGUAUUGAAUUACUUAAGUGUUUGAAGCAAUAUGUAAUAUUAUUUUUGUGUUUGAUGGCUUGUAUGUUUUGUACAAUUGUAUGCAUUUGUAUUUCUAUAAAUGGCUUAAAGGCCAGUUACUUGCACUGGAUGGCACUGCAUGUCUCCCUCACUGAAAUUAUUUAUGUUUUGUAUUAAAGUUCAACUUUAAAGCCAAUAAACAUAUUCUG